CCGGAGGGCGAGAAAAUAAGAGGCCCGGCCGCCCGUGCAUCCAGCCAAGCUCCUGGGGGACGGAUAUUGGAGGUCCGGGCAUUCGAGGGACGUGCAGUUGCAUCACGGAGAGCCUUUGCGAACCGUCUGGGGUUUUGGCGGAGACAUUUGUGUUUCGGGGCGCAGCGCCCCUUUGUACCUUUAGAAGGCCGCGUUGCCCGGGUUACCGAAGGCCGCCGCGUCGACGCCCCGCCCCUGACAGCCGAUGCCCCGCCCACGCUGGCGGCGGCCGCCCUCGGCUCUGCCUGAGAGACCUUGCGGGAUUUCAAGGGUGACUUAACUUCGCCCGAUCAUGGUCGGCAGGGUGGGAUUUAUUGGCAUUCCUUGGGCCGGGGGAUGCGACGUCUGGGUGUGGAGGUGAUGAGACAGGGGUUCCGUGGCACUCCGGCUCUGCUCAGGGCGACCUGCUUAGGGGCCUCCGGGGCAAGGCCCGCUUUCUGUCAAAAUGGCAGCGCCCAGCGUGCACGGGUAUCUCUGAAGUUGGGGUUUAAGAUUCUUGCCCGUGAGAGCCAACGAGCCUGCCGUGCUUCUGAUUUUGAAAUACCUGGGUCUGGGUUUCCCAGGCGAGCGGUGGUUGCAUUAUCAAAUCAAGGAGAAAAUGCAAUCACAGAACAGGCAGAAAAUGAUGAUUUUAAUGAACCCGUGAGAAGUUUCUACAAUGAUGGGCUCAGCUCUCAGGAGAGGUGCCCAUGCCUAUGUCUACCUGGUGAGCAAGGCCAGUCACAUCUCCAGGGGCCAUCAGCACCAGGCCUGGGGAUCGAGACCUGCUGCAGCAGAGUGUGCUGCCCAGAGAGCUCCAGGCAGUGUGGUGGAGCUGCUGGGCACAUCCUACCCUCAGGACGACUACAGCAACCUCACCCGGAAGGUCCUCACCAGAGUUGGCAGGAACCUGCACAACCAGCAGCACCACCCUCUGUGGCUGAUCAAGGAGAGGGUGAAGGAGCACUUCUACAAGCAGUACGUGGGCCGCUUCGGGACCCCGUUGUUCUCGGUCUACGACAGCCUUUCUCCAGUGGUCACGACCUGGCAGAACUUUGACAGCCUGCUCAUCCCAGCCGACCACCCCAGCAGGAAGAAGGGGGACAACUAUUACCUGAAUCGGACUCACAUGCUGAGAGCGCACACGUCUGCACACCAGUGGGACUUGCUGCACGCGGGGCUAGAUGCCUUCCUGGUGGUGGGUGAUGUCUACAGGCGUGACCAGAUCGACUCCCAGCACUACCCUAUUUUCCACCAGCUGGAGGCCGUGCGGCUCUUCUCCAAACAUGAGUUAUUUGCUGGUAUAAAGGAUGGAGAAAACCUGCAGCUCUUUGAACAGAGUUCUCGCUCUGUGCAUAAACAAGAGACACACACCAUGGAGGCCGUGAAGCUUGUAGAGUUUGAUCUUAAGCAGACGCUUACCAGGCUCGUGGCACAUCUUUUUGGAGACGGGCUGGAGAUAAGAUGGGUAGACUGCUACUUUCCUUUUACACAUCCUUCCUUUGAGAUGGAGAUCAACUUUCAUGGAGAAUGGCUGGAAGUUCUUGGCUGCGGGGUGAUGGAACAACAACUGGUCAAUUCAGCUGGUGCUCAAGACCGAAUUGGCUGGGCUUUUGGCCUAGGAUUAGAAAGGCUAGCCAUGAUCCUUUACGACAUCCCUGAUAUCCGUCUCUUCUGGAGUGAGGACGAGCGCUUCCUGAAGCAGUUCCGUGUAUCCAACAUUAAUCAGAAGGUGAAGUUUCAGCCUCUGAGCAAAUUUCCUCCUAUGAUAAAUGAUAUUUCAUUCUGGUUGCCCUCUGAGAAUUACGCAGAGAAUGAUUUCUACGACUUAGUCCGAACGAUUGGAGGAGACCUGGUGGAAAAGGUUGAUCUCAUAGACAAGUUUGAACAUCCAAAGACGCACAAGACCAGCCACUGCUACCGCAUCACCUACCGCCACAUGGAACGGACUUUGUCCCAGAGAGAGGUCAGGCACAUCCACCAGGCCUUGCAGGAGGCUGUAGUCCAGCGGUUGGGCGUGGAGGGCAGGUUCUGAUGUCACCACUUCACCCAGGCUGCAGCUCUCUUGGGGCUCCAGGAUUUGCUGAAAGAGAAGAAGAUACGGUUUGUGAACUGGGGCAUCAAUCAUCUUUUGAUAAAUGGAUCAGUCUUAGGACUUUCACAAAAUAAAAGAUCACUCUUGAAAAGCU